AUGGCAAAGAGUUCAAAGGGUAGUAGUUUGCCCCCUCAAACACCAAAGAAAAGAAAAAAUUUCAAUAAGGACACAGCAGUAAUCACUGAAGAUGAUGGCGAAGACGUCCCUCUUACUCCCUUCAAGACCAAGAAGAAACAACAGAAAACUAAAGCGUCAAAAGAUGCCUCAUAUCAAGCUACCAACCAAAAAGAUAUCGAAGAUAAAUCAACUCCUCCUCCUGCUUCUACUACCAACCAAGAUGCUCCUUUGAAAAUUGGGAUUCCUUCACCUCCUCCUACAUCUAGUGGCGCCAUCCAAAACAAGGGGUCUUCGACUGGGGUUCACCAAUUGGAAGCAGGUGAUGUCCAAGUCGAACAUGAGACUUCUUCUCCUGACGAAGAUGCUCUGACAGAAUUUAAACAACUUAGCAAAAAGGUAAUGGAGGAAAAUGAAGAAUCUGAAAGUACUCCUAACAGUUCUCAUCGGAAAAGGGCUCAAUUUCUUGAAGAUUUUAUCGAAGAUGAAGAGCAUUACUCAGAUGAGGUUGAGACAUACUUUCAUGACGUUGAGGAAAUGGAGAAAAGAGAACAAGAGCCUGAGGGCACCCAACCAACACAUCCCGAUGCAACUGAUGCACCACAGUUUACUCAAUCGCAAGUUCGACCAGCUCCAAGCCAAAUUCCAACUACACCAACUACUAAGGAGGGGAAGAUAGCCCUAAAAAAGAGUGAUCCCCUUAAGUAUGUAAAAUGA